AUGACACCUUUUCUUCCAGCUGAUUUUCCUUCUCUGAUUGAAUUGCAAUCAGAAAUUUUAGUAGAAAUAAUUCUUGUAAUAAUUAGUAGAAAAAGCAGAUCAGGUAAGACUAAUUUAGUUGCAAAUCUUGUUUUGGGUAAUAAAGAUAUUUCAAAAAAUAUUUGUCAAUAUACUGUUGAUGUAAAAAAUGCAUCUAUGAUUAUUAACAGCUAUUUACAAAAAGGUGAGUUCAUUGUAUUUGAUUUAGAUAGACCUGAGGAAGAUCCAUUGGUAAUUCAGUUAAGAUUCGAUAUAUCAUUAAAUUUGCAAAAAAAGAUAGAGUUACAGCAAAAGUACAAGAUAAAAAAUAUAUUAUCUGCUAAACCUACUUCAUAG